UUCUCUUCCAUACCAAAACAAACAAACAAACAAUCAAAACCAACCAAUAACCCUAGAAGAAAUCACCCUUCAAUCUUCUCUCUCAUCUCCUGGUUUCAAUUCAUUUCAAUUAAGCAUUUUCAGGCGAGGCGGGAUUUUUAUUAUUUUCUGAUGGCUUCUACAUCUACCUCGUGGUCGCCGAACUCUCCUCAGCUCCGCUUGGCUUUGCGUUGCAGGAAUUGCGCGGAAUCACGACCGGUUCUUAUCGGGGCGCGGACGAGGAAGAUCGAUUAUCACCGUGUUCGUCUGCUCUUUGUUGCACGAAGGAGUAAGGGACUGGAACGGCGUCGUAAUGGUGCUUCGUGGAUUGUGUCGGACUCCACAGCUGGGUCGGAUACUUUUUCCGGAUGGUCUGAUUCGGAUACCGUUGAAGAUUCCAUUGACUCUAAAAAGAAUGAAUGGUUUGGAGGAAUUUUGGGAGCCAUAUCAGCUGGACUUGUUCUGGUAGCAGGGCUUUCCUUAGCUGCAUUGUCCCUAAGCAAUAGAAGCACUUCCAGUAAGGGGUCUCUUUCGAUUGCACUAGGGCCAAAACAGCAGUUGGAACCCUUAACAGCUCAACAGGACGUUUCGUUGGCCUCUGAUAAUGGGAGUGAUAAAGUUGAGAAUGAAAGCGAGACAGGUAUACAAGAGGAUCUUUUGUCACCUUCAGAAUUGAAUGGCAGUUUGACAGAUAAUAAACUUGAUAAUGAUAAUGGGACCUACUUGGUAGACAGUUACACAUCCAAUGGUGAUAGUGUCACUAACACUGUUCCAGCUCAAGAAGAUUUGCAAAAUGUUUCAGCUUUGGAUGGAAUGUCAUUUGGCCCGGACAUAACUCCAACAACUCCUAAAUUGCCUGAAUCUGAAGUUGUUGGUGGCUCUUUUGUUGUAUCAAGACUUGGACAAUUAGAUAGCAAACUUGAUAUAGAUUCACCUGAAGCAACUACUGAAAUUGAAGACACACUGAUUAAUGUCAGAGAAACUAUUGAUACUAACUUGUCUGAACCAGUAAACCUAGAUAAUGAUCUUGAUGAGGGAAAGCUUGGAUCAGAAGGAAAAGAGAAUUCCAAUAUUUCAGUGGAUUCUUCUUCUAGUUCCAAUUCUACCAAUGAGUCUCUGAUUGUGAGCUUCUCAGUUAGUUCAGAGUUAGAACCAAUUGUAGAACCUCAGGCUGUACCCAAAGACAAUCUGGAAACCAUAGAAUCAUCUACAACUGAAGAAAACCUUGAGAAUGGGAAAUUGUCGCAGUUCUCAGUUGAAAUAAAGAAUUCAUUUCUGGAAGUGAACAACUUAAAUGAGAGUGAGUUAUCUGAAACAACCUCUGUGUCAGCACCAGCUUAUCCAUUAAGAAAUGAACAAAGCAAAAUUGAUUAUAAUGAGAUAAAUGAUAGCAAACCAGUUUUUGAAUCUCCAACUCCUGGGAGUUCCUUCUCCCCUGCUGGUAUACCUGCUCCCUCUGUAGUUGCUGCGGCUCUACAGGUGUAUCCAGGGAAGGUUUUGGUUCCUGCAGUUGUUGAUCAGGUUCAGGGGCAGGCACUUGCAGUCCUUCAAGUUUUGAAGGUUAUUGAAGCUGAUGCUCAACCUAGUGAUCUAUGUACACGUCGCGAGUAUGCUCGGUGGUUACUGUCUGCAAGCAGUUCCCUUUCAAGGAAUACAAUGUCAAAAGUUUAUCCUGCAAUGUAUAUUGAGAAUGUUACUGAACUUGCAUUUGAUGAUAUCACACCUGAAGACCCUGAUUUUUCAUCCAUUCAAGGCUUGGCAGAGGCUGGACUUAUCUCAAGCAAGCUUUCAAAUCAAGAUCUGCUUAACGAUGAUCUAGUCUCAUUUUACUUCUUUCCUGAAAGCCCUCUAUCACGCCAGGAUCUUGUUAGUUGGAAAAUGGCCUUAGAGAAAAGACAACUCCCAGAAGCUGACCAAAGGAUACUCUACCAACUUUCUGGUUUUAUGGACAUUGAUAAGAUAAAUCCAGGUGUAUGGCCUGCGCUUGUGGCUGACUUGUCUGCUGGAGAACAAGGAAUAAUAACACUUGCUUUUGGUUAUACGAGAAUGUUUCAGCCAAAUAAGCCUGUGACAAAAGCUCAAGUUGCUGUUGCUCUUGCAACUGGUGAAGCAUCUGACCUAGUAAGUGAGGAGCUUGCACGUAUUGAAGCAGAAUCUAUGGCAGAAAAUGCAGUAUCUGCUCAUAAUGCUUUGGUAGCUCAAGUUGAGAAAGAUGUUAAUGCUAGUUUUGAGAAAGAGCUUUUGAUUGAAAGGGAAAAGAUCAAUGCUGUGGAAAAAAUGGCUGAAGAGGCAAAGCGUGAACUGGAAAGGUUAAGAGCUGAGAGAGAGGAAGAGAAUAUUGCCUUACUGAAGGAUCGUGCUGCUGUUGAUUCAGAAAAAGAAGUUCUUUCAAGAUUAAGGCGUGAAGUGGAGGAGCAGUUGGAAAGCCUGAUAAGUAACAAGGUAGAGAUAUCAUAUGAGAAGGAAAGGAUUGCCAAACUACAAAAAGAAACAGAGGAUGAAAGCCAAGAGAUUGUCAGGUUACAGCAUGAACUGGAGGUGGAGAGAAAAGCCUUAUCCAUGGCCAGGGCUUGGGCUGAGGAUGAGGCAAAAAGAGCAAAAGAACAGGCAAAAGCCCUGGAGGAGGCUAGAUGUGACUGGGAGAGGCAUGGCAUCAAAGUGGUUGUUGACAAUGACCUCCGUGAAGAGAGUGUUGCAGGAGUUACGUGGGUAAAUGCAGGGAAGCAAGUUGCUGUUGAAGGAAGUAUUAGCAGGGGCGAAACUUUGGUGGGCAAGCUCAAGGUAUUGGCAAGUGAAGUAGAAGGGAAAUCUAGAGAGUUCAUCAAUAAGAUUGUCCUGAGGAUUCAGUAUUUGAUUACGCUGUUGAAGGAGUGGGCCUCCAAGGCAGGAGCAAAGGCGGAAGAAGUGAAAGACAUGACUUUGUUGAAGGCAAGGGGAUCAGUACAAGAGUUGCAGCAAAGCACGGCAGGAUUUAGUUCGGCCCUUAAGGAAGGUGCAAAACGGGUGGCAGCAGAUUGUCGGGAAGGAGUUGAGAAACUCACUCAAAGGUUCAGAACAUAGCCAUAGCCGUCCCCCAUGAUUAUGUUUUUGUCGUGAACACCAAUAAAUAAAUUUUGCAGCUGAGAAUAGGGAUUUCAAUUUUACCAUAAACUCGAUUUUUUAUCUGAAUAGUGAUUGAGAUAAACAUUACAUUGUGAAUAUGAGUACGAAAAUGAAUAUGAGUUUAAAUUUUUAUUAGGUAUAAAAAUAAUAAUUGGAUAAUAUA